AUGUAUCCGUAUUUCUUAUGGGAGCAAGCUCUAGCUGAAUUAUUUGCUAAAAUUAAAGAUGUAGAUGAACAAAUAUUUAGUCUCAUAUUGAAAAUAUUUCGAAAGGAAAAAGUUUAAGACUGCAUUGGAUAUCUUUAAUUUAAUGAAAAUUAAAUACAUUUAGAAUAAUAUAUCAUACAAGAAGAAAAUCUAACAUAGAUUGAGAAUAGAUAGAAAUUGUCUGUUGUAAGAAAUGACGUGAAAAUAAUUACUAAUUUCUUAAGAGAUAUGAAAGAUCAUAACUUUAAUAAGAAAGACUAUUCUUGUGAAAACAAUAAUAAAUCUAUAUUGUAUCUUCUAUAAAGCAUAAAGGAUGAUAGAGUGAUGAUAGAAUUUUUGUAAUUUUUAGUUCACCUCACAUCUAUAGAUAACACUUUAAUAUAAUGUGGGUCUAAUUCAUUAUAUAUAUUAGUUUUGAUGAAGGUGGACCUUAGAAAGAAAAAUUUUGAAAAUAUUAAAAUCUAAAAUACUUCUUUAGUAGGAGGUAAUUUUGUUAGGUGUAAUUUAAGUGGAUCAUAAUUUGUUAAUGUUAAUAUAAGUUAGAUGAAUUUGAAUGGAGCAUUAUUAUUGAAUUGUAAAUGGAAGCAUUUAAGAAUCCCCGAAUUAAGUAAAUUAGAUGGUCAUAGAGAUUAAGUAAGAUCUAUUUGUUUCUCUCCUGAUGGAAAAACAUUAGCUUCUGCAGGUGGUAUGAUUAGUUAAAAUAGUGAUCGCUCUAUCCGUCUAUGGGAUGUCAAAACAGGAUAAUAAAAAGCCAAAUUAGAUGGUCAUAGUAACUAUGUUAUGUCAGUCUGUUUCUCUCCUGAUGGAAAUAGAUUAGCUUCUGGAAGUAAUGAUAAGUCUAUCCGUCUAUGGGAUGUCAAAACAGGAAAAUAAAUGGCUACAUUAGAUGGUCAUUCAUAUGGUGUCUACUCAGUCUGUUUCUCUCCUGAUGGGAAUACAUUAGCAUCUGGUAGUGGUGAUAACUCCAUACGUCUAUGGAAUGUUAAGACAAAGAAAAAAUUAUUCAAAUUGGUUGGUCAUACUAAAUCUGUCAACUCUGUCUGUUUCUCUCCUGAUGGAAAAAGAUUAGCAUCUGGUAGUGAUGAAAACUUUAUCCGUCUAUGGGAUGUUUAAAAAAAGCUAGAAAUAUUCCCAUUAAAUGGUCAUACUAGUACUGUCUAAUCAGUCUGUUUCUCUCCUGAUGGUAAUAAAUUAGCUUCUGGUAGUGGUGAUAACUCUAUCCGUCUAUGGGAUGUUUAAAAAAAGCUAGAAAUAUUCCCAUUAAAUGGUCAUACUAGUACUGUCUAAUCAGUCUGUUUCUCUCCUGAUGGUAAUACAUUAGCUUCUGGUAGUAGCGAUAACUCUAUCCGUCUUUGGGAUGUCAAAACAAGAUAAUAAAAAGCCAAAUUAGACGGUCAUAGUGGUUUAGUGAUGUCAGUCUGUUUCUCUCCUGAUGAUAAUACAUUAGCAUCUGGUAGUAGUGAUACCUCUAUCCGCAUAUGGGAUGUUAAAAUAGGAUAAUAAAACGACAAAUUAAUUGGUCAUACUGAUAGUGUUCUCUCGGUCUGCUUCUCUCUUGAUGGUAAUACAUUAGCAUCUGGUAGUAGUGAUAACUCUAUAUGUCUAUGGGAUGUCAAAACAGGAUAAUAAAAAGCCAAAUUAGAUGGUCAUACUAGUACUGUCAACUCAGUCUGUUUCUCUAGUGACCUAAAUACAUUAGCAUCUGGUAGUAGUGAUAACUCUAUCCGUCUAUGGGAUGUCAAAACAGGAUAAUACUUAAACGAAAGAUUAAAUGUUCAUACUAAUUGUGUUAUGUCAGUCUGUUUCUCUCCUGAUGGAAAUACAUUAGCAUUUUGUAGUGGUGAUAACUCUAUUCGUCUGUGGAAUGUUAAGAAAAAGAACAAAAUAUUCAAAUUAGUUGUUCAUACUAGCACUGUCAACUCAGUCUGUUUCUCUCCUGAUGGAAAUACUUUAGCUUUUGGUAGUUAUGAUAAGUCUAUCCGUCUAUGGGAUGUUUAAAAAAAGCUAGAAAUAUUCCCAUUAAAUGGUCAUACUAGUACUGUCAACUCAGUCUGUUUCUCUCCUGAUGGAAAUGUAUUAGCUUCUGGUAGUAAUGAUAACUCUAUCCGUCUAUGGAAUGUCAAAAAAGGAUAAUAAAAAGCCAAAUUAGAUGGUCAUACAAAUGGUGUAAAAUCUGUCUGUUUCUCUUGUGAUGAUGGAAAUACAUUAGCAUCUGGUAGUAGCGAUAACUCUAUCCGUCUAUGGGAUGUCAAAACAGGAUAAUAAAAAGCCAAAUUAGAUGGUCAUACUAGUUCUGUCUACUCAGUCUGUUUCUCUCCUGAUGGAAAUACAUUAGCUUCUGGUAGUGAUGAUAAGUCUAUCCGUCUAUGGGAUGUCAAAACAGGAUAAUAAAAAGCCAAAUUAGAUGGUCAUAGUAGUUAUGUCUACUCAGUCUGUUUCUCUCCUGAUGGAAAUACAUUAGCUUCUGGUAGUGAUGAUAAGUCUAUCCGUCUAUGGGAUGUCAAAACAGGAUAAUAAAAAGCCAAAUUAGAUGGUCAUAGUAGUUAUGUCUACUCAGUCUGUUUCUCUCCUGAUGGAAAUACAUUAGCUUCUGGUAGUGAUGAUAAGUCUAUCCGUCUAUGGGAUGUCAAAACAGGAUAAUAAAAAGCCAAAUUAGAUGGUCAUAGUAGUUAUGUCUACUCAGUCUGUUUCUCUCCUGAUGGAAAUACAUUAGCUUCUGGUAGUGAUGAUAAGUCUAUCCGUCUAUGGGAUGUCAAAACAGGAUAAUAAAAAGCCAAAUUAGAUGGUCAUAGUAGUUAUGUCUACUCAGUCUGUUUCUCUCCUGAUGGAAAUACAUUAGCUUCUGGUAGUGAUGAUAAGUCUAUCCGUCUAUGGGAUGUCAAAACAGGAUAAUAAAAAGCCAAAUUAGAUGGUCAUACUAGUACUGUCAACUCAGUCUGUUUCUCUAGUGACCUAAAUACAUUAGCAUCUGGUAGUAGUGAUAACUCUAUCCGUCUAUGGGAUGUCAAAACAGGAUAAUACUUAAACGAAAGAUUAAAUGUUCAUACUAAUUGUGUUAUGUCAGUCUGUUUCUCUCCUGAUGGAAAUACAUUAGCAUUUUGUAGUGGUGAUAACUCUAUUCGUCUGUGGAAUGUUAAGAAAAAGAACAAAAUAUUCAAAUUAGUUGUUCAUACUAGCACUGUCAACUCAGUCUGUUUCUCUCCUGAUGGAAAUACUUUAGCUUUUGGUAGUUAUGAUAAGUCUAUCCGUCUAUGGGAUGUUUAAAAAAAGCUAGAAAUAUUCCCAUUAAAUGGUCAUACUAGUACUGUCAACUCAGUCUGUUUCUCUCCUGAUGGAAAUGUAUUAGCUUCUGGUAGUAAUGAUAACUCUAUCCGUCUAUGGAAUGUCAAAAAAGGAUAAUAAAAAGCCAAAUUAGAUGGUCAUACAAAUGGUGUAAAAUCUGUCUGUUUCUCUUGUGAUGAUGGAAAUACAUUAGCAUCUGGUAGUAGCGAUAACUCUAUCCGUCUAUGGGAUGUCAAAACAGGAUAAUAAAAAGCCAAAUUAGAUGGUCAUACUAGCACUGUCAACUCAGUCUGUUUCUCUCCUGAUGGAAAUGCAUUAGCUUCUGGUAGUAAUGAUAACUCUAUCCGUCUAUGGAAUGUCAAAACAGAAUAUUUAAAAGCCAAAUUAGAUGGGUAUACAUAUCAUGUCAACUCUCUCUGUUACUCUCCUGAUAGUAAUACAUUAGCAUCUGGUAAUAGGGAUAACUCUAUUCAUCUAUGGGAUGUUAAAACAGGAUAAUCAUAAUACUAAUUAUUCAAAUUGAUUGGCCAUACUAAAACUGUCAACUCAGUCUGUUUCUCUCCUGAUGGAAAAAGAUUAGCAUCUGGUAGUAGUGAUAAGUUUAUCUUUAUAUGGGAUUUAUACAAACAACAAUAAAUAUUCAUAUUAGAUGGUCAUACUAGCACUGUCAACUCAGUCUGUUUCUCUCCUGAUGGAAAAACAUUAGCAUCUGGUAGUAGUGAUAAGUUAAUCUUUAUAUGGGCUGUCAAAAAAAAAGAAUUUUAAUUCAACUUCAAAUUAGAAGGUACAAAUGAUGUAAAUUCUGUCUGUUUCUCUCCUAAUGAAAAUAAAUUAGCUUCUGGUAGUUGGGAUAACUCUAUCCGUUUAUGGGAUUUAUACAAACAACAAUAAAUAUUCAUAUUAGAUGGUCAUACUAGCACUGUCAACUCAGUCUGUUUCUCUCCUGAUGGAAAUACAUUAGCUUCUGGUAGUAAUGAUAAUUCUAUCCGUCUAUGGAAUGUCAAAACCGGAUAAUAAAAAGCCAAAUUUGAUGGUCAUUCUUGGUCUGUCAACUCGGUCUGUUUCUCUCGUGAUGGAAAUACAUUAGCUUCUGGUAGUGAAGAUAAGUCUAUCCGUCUAUGGGAUGUCAAAACAGGAUAAUAAAAAGAAAAAUUAGAUAGUUAUAGAGGAACUGUCUGUUCAGUUUGUUUCUCUCCUGUUUCAAAUACAUUAGCUUCUGGUGGUAGUGAUUAGUUUAUCUGUUUAUGGGAUUUAAAGACAGUAUAUGAAAUUAAAUCCUAUGAUUAAGACUACAAAGAUAUUCUUGCAUAAUUUAAGAUUCCACUCCAAUAACAUAGCCAUAUUUCCAAAGGUAGUAUUUAUCCCCUAUCAUAUUUUUAGCCUACAAUUACAUCACUACUCUCCUAAUAUCCUAAAAGGCAACAUUUUAAGCAUAAGGAGCACUCAUUUUGAAAGGAGAAUUCACUAACCAAUCAGGUAUUGAUUUAAAGACAUUAUUCAAACAAAAAGGAAGUUGCUUUUUAGAAGAGUAAAAUUGA